GGAGCUUACGGCGGCGCGGCGCCCACGCGGCCCCGGGAGCCCGAGCGGAACCGGCGCGUCCCCGCCCGCCCGGCCGUCAGCUGAUGGGCUUCCCGCCCGGGAGGCCGCUGCCGCCGCCGCCGUCGUGCGAACAUGGCGGCCGAGAUCCACUCCAGGCCGCAGAGCAGCCGCCCGGUGCUGCUGAGCAAGAUCGAGGGGCACCAGGACGCCGUCACGGCCGCGCUUCUCAUCCCCAAGGAGGACGGCGUCAUCACGGCCAGCGAGGACAGAACCAUUCGAGUAUGGCUGAAAAGAGACAGUGGUCAGUACUGGCCCAGCAUUUACCACACAAUGGCCUCUCCUUGCUCUGCUAUGGCUUACCAUCAUGACAGCAGACGGAUAUUUGUGGGCCAAGAUAAUGGAGCCGUCAUGGAAUUUCAUGUUUCUGAAGAUUUUAAUAAAAUGAACUUUAUCAAGACUUACCCAGCUCAUCAGAACCGAGUGUCUGCGAUUAUCUUCAGCGUGGCUGCCGAGUGGGUGAUCAGCACCGGCCACGACAAGUGCGUCAGCUGGAUGUGCACCCGCAGCGGGAACAUGCUCGGGAGGCACUUCUUCACUUCCUGGGCUUCGUGUUUACAAUACGAUUAUGAUACUCAGUAUGCUUUUGUUGGCGAUUACUCUGGGCAGAUCACCCUGCUGAAGCUUGAACAGAACUCCUGUUCAGUUAUUACAACCCUCAAAGGACAUGAAGGUAGCAUCGCCUGCCUCUGGUGGGACCCUCUUCAGCGGUUACUCUUCUCGGGAGCCUCUGACAACAGCAUCAUCAUGUGGGACAUCGGAGGAAGGAAAGGCCGCACCCUGCUGCUGCAGGGCCACCAUGACAGGGUGCAGUCCCUGUGUUACCUUCAGCUCACGAGGCAGCUCGUCUCCUGUUCGUCGGAUGGUGGAAUCGCAGUGUGGAACAUGGACGUUAGCAGAGAGGAGGCUCCUCAGUGGUUAGAGAGCGAUUCUUGUCAGAAAUGCGAGCAGCCCUUUUUCUGGAACAUAAAACAGAUGUGGGACACAAAGACACUAGGGUUGAGACAGCAUCACUGCAGGAAGUGCGGGCAGGCUGUCUGCGGCAAGUGCAGCAGCAAGCGCUCCAGCUACCCCGUCAUGGGCUUCGAGUUCCAAGUCCGCGUGUGCGAUUCCUGCUACGACUCCAUCAAAGACGAGGAUCGGACUUCUCUAGCAACCUUCCAUGAAGGAAAGCAUAACAUUACCCACAUGUCCAUGGACGUUGCCAGGGGACUGAUGGUGACCUGUGGGACCGACCGCAUCGUAAAGAUUUGGGACAUGACACCUGUGGUGGGCUGCAGUCUGGCAACUGGGUUUUCUCCGUGUUGAUCCGGGAGCCGGGCGAGGCCUGCACCUUCCCAGAGGCGCCCUUCACCAAAUGCAGCCGUUCCCCAUGGCGCCACCGUCCCCAUCACGGGAAUGGCCAGUAGCCGCCAAAACGACUAAGCAACAUUUUUUUAAAAAAGAAAAACAUGUCACCUGUGUUUGGGGGCACUUGUGGCACGACCUGUGGGGACGAAGUGACCUCGGUAAGGCUCCCUCGUGAACAGGGAGCUCGUGUGUGCUGAAGGAGCGACGGGGCAAAUGCGAGUUUCAGAGGAAAAACUAUUGAACAAAAGAGCGCCAAUGCUUAGAACUUUGUUAAAGCAGUUCUGGGUGCAAGCCCCCUUCUGUCAGACUCGUGGGCCCUCCACGGGCUUCGGUGGCUCUGUCGGCUUCGGUGGCUCUGUCGUCAGAGCAGGGAGCAGGGGGAGGAGAACAUGCUCUCUCCGUCUUGAGGGGCGCAGCAGGAGCUCAAGAGCCCAGAGGGCCCCUCCUUCCUUACUGUCUGCGUGGGAGGAUCCUGUGCACUUAGUUAUGGACAAACUUCUGAAGGAUCCCUGUUCUGGGCAGGUAGGGCCGUUAUCCGCCCUCGGUGUUUGGCACAUUCGUUGCUUCCUCUUCCCAGACCGUAUGCCCCGGCCAACCUUCACGGUUGUUACUAAGCGAGCUGUAAAAUUUCUAGAUUAACCCGGGCAGCCCACCUUCUUCCCUUUCCCCCAGACGUGCUCUGAGGACAAAACGUAUUUAUGGUGCUGUUAACGUGGGAGUCACACGAGCCGCCUGACUCCCUCACUACAGUCAGAAACGACCAAUGGAAAAUGGAAAACCCCACCCAGCUACCAGCAUGACUGCGAAGGGAAGCGAUCGUUCUGUUCCACGGAACGGCGCAGUCCUCCGAAAAGACACAUGCAUUCGGUUUGUAGUUCCAAGAUGAGCCCCUGUGCUAUUGUGGCAAUUUGAUAUACACCUCAGAAAAGAACUCCAGAGCUUUUUAAACUGUGCUGACUCUUUGCUGUGAGGAAUAUCGUUAAUAUUUCAUAGGAGGGAAUGGGCAACCCAGAGCAGCAAUUGUUCACCAGGUCCUGCACAGUCAUUGCUACCUUGUAAAUCACGUUCAUAACAACCAGCGAAUUCUCUCGUGUCAAAUGGCAUUUUAAAAGUUUGUGGCCACUUAGUACCGGGAUGGGGAAGAGGUGGGGAAGGGGGAGCCUGUCUUUUAAUAUUCCAGUAUUUAUUUCUUGGACUGUUUGUUUUUACAGUAGUACACGUACCUGUUCAGGUCUGUGCAAGUGAGUGGAGAGAGGCCUACUUUUCUGAAAGACAGAUUUUAAAGUAGAGAGCAACAGUGUUUUUGUUAGUCUUACUGGUGGAUACUGAUAGAAACUACUGCGUCACUGUGUUGGGAUCAUAUCAAGACAGCGUGGUUGUUCUGAACGAUACCAUGAAGGGACUAAAUCUGUUUUUUCACAACGGCUGAGAGGGACUAUAAUGUUUAAGGCAGGCAGUUAAACUAAGAUAUCUUAAUGGCCAAGUGACGCAAAUAAUAAGGAAAGGAUUCUAGAAUGAUCUGCAUUAAAAAUUGACUUGCCUUCAGAAAUACGACUGAAGGAUUUUGUUGCUCCUUAUAAUUUUUGUGUUAUAUCACCUUUAAUAACAUUUCUUAAGCUCUUUACAAAACAUAUGAUACACAGCCUGGAAGAAAGCUUGAGGGGUGUGAUCUUAAAGGGCAGCAUUGAAUGUUAGAUUUCGUUCAGUUAAUGGUCCAGCUCGUACAAAGGUGCUAUCCUGGGGAUUUCAUGAAGUCCUGAAAGGAAAAUAGUAUAUGAUCUGUUUCUGGCCGUGUUAAAGAGUACUGAGCUGUGGUUCUGUUUGCCUUUAACUUCUGUCCAAUGUGAUUUUAUCGUGUCCAUGGUAGACAGCACAAUAUCACGCCGUAGCUUUCAGCCUUUUUUUUUUUUUUUUUACUGUAAAAAAUUCUUAAUGGAAAACCCAGUGUUCUAUAGAGAAUAUUAGAGAAUAUAAGGUUGUGAGAGCACCUGCUAAGGGGUUAAGCUAAUAUACGCCAAGGAGGAAAGGCAUAUAUAACAAAGAACUAGAGACGGGUAUCCAGAAAAGGAAGGAAUGUUUCGAUUGACUUCUGUCUCCAUCAGAGCCUGUUAAUCACUUUUCUUUUUAAAAACACACAUGGCAAGCUUGUCUUGUCUCUACUACUUACUAGGGAGCAAAUGGGGUAAUAUUUUUAUAGAGGUGGGCAAAAAUUAUUUUCUCAAUUCUGCUGACUGGGCACAUAAGGAAAAUACCGCUAGACUUCUAGUUAUUGCCUUAUUUUGACUGCGUUGCUCUUAAACAGGUCAUUUAAAAUAGUUCUUCAAGUAACAGUUUAUGGUUUUCCCAUUCCUGAAUACUCACGCUAAUUUCUGCUAAUAGGGAUUAAAAAGUACAGAAUGUUAGAGAAAAUCCUCACGUUUAGAUCUAGUUAUGUAUGUGAUAAGGAAAUGUCAAUUCUUCAUUCUAGACAUGUUCUAAAAUUGCCCUUUUUAACGCAAAUGAUAGAAACACCGGCGUAGCAUUAGCCGGAAACGUUAUUCAGUACGCUGUAAAUCUCUGUUUACUAUGUCCUGCUUCUGUCCUGCUGCCUGGAGGAUGUAAACAAAAAAUAGUGCUCUCGAAUGCGUCACUUGGUUCUCUCCCUAAAGAAUUCAGUUUGCUAGUACCUACAUUUUUAAACUGUUCAAACUGGCCUGAAUAUGUAAUAAAUACCAUAGUGACUCAGACCCAAGGAAAUAUUUUCUAAAAUGAGUUUUCAUUAAAUUACUUUCUACUUCUGUUACUGGAUCUGGUGUCUCCUAAAAUGUAAGGAACCAGUUACUAUUCAUGAUAAAGCAUCUGCUCAUUAUCAGUGUGAGGUUUAACAAAUAAGUAAUAACAUGCGGUAUUUAUUCGAGUGUCUAUUGCUUAAUUGUUAAUUGUGAGCAGAUUAUUUGAAUGCCUACUCUAUUUUCUGUAGUUUACUAUACAGUAACUCUUUGAGUAAAUUGAGGUUUAAUUGUGCAACAAAUUUAUAUUAGAAUACAAUUUAAAGUGUUUUACUCUAUAGCCUUUUUGACUGGGGAAGCAAAGGGCAAUGUUGAUUAGUACAUUUUGUCUUGUACUAGCUACGUUUCUAUAAGACAUGGUGCCCUGUGUGUCCCAGAGAGUUAGAAAACUUUGUCCUUUGCUCCUGUUUGUGGGUUCUGUUUUUUUGUGUUAUUUUUGAGAAUAUGCAUACACAAUAAAAUGUUCCUUGCUUGUUA